GCUCAAGGCAAGACAUGAUUAAAAGAUAUUCGACAUAACAGCUUCAAUUCUACACCAGAAUUGUCGCACAAUUCUUUUAUUAUGGCUCCACGGUGCCCGGCUAUGUCGUCGACACUCCUACCAUUCCUAUACCCUUCGAUAUUCCUGUCAAGACACACUCUCGCCAGCACAGCAGCUCUCCGACGUCGCUUCAACUCCACCAUAAACGACCUUCCAGAGUCACGACUAAACCCUGCCCCGGACGACUAUGCGUCUCCCAGUUUCUCAGACAAAGCUUUUUUGACUCUUUAUGCUGGUAGAGGUGGAAACGGCUGUAUUUCUUUUUUGCGAGAAGCAUACCUUGCUGAGGGCCCUCCCAAUGGCGGCGAUGGUGGUCACGGCGGCAAUGUCUACAUUCAGGCGGCGCAUGGCGAAACCUCGUUGCACAAGUUGGCGCGCAAGCGAUUUGUUCGAGCCGGCCGAGGCAAGCAUGGACAGGGAAGCGCAAAGAGUGGAACACGAGGAGAGGAUAUCAUCAUAACUGUGCCUGUGGGAACAGUAGUCCGUGAAAUAGAGCGUGAGGAUCCGGUGCUAGACGAAGAGAUGGAUAUGCGCUUGUGGCGCGCUCAGCAGAAACAAAAGAGAAAGGAGGAACGUAUGGCUGCUCUGGAGCGAAAGCAGAGGCAAGAAGAGAACGAAGAGGGUUACGAAGAAGAAGAGGAGGAGGAACAAGUUGAAGAGGAGGAGGAGGGCGAUCAGGAUCCUGAGCGUCGCAAGUGGCUUUUAUAUCCCGGACUGUCUAAGACUGACAUCAAACAAACCGUCUUUCCUCGAUUGCCUAAACGAACUCGGCUUCUUAAACAACCGCCUCCCACCAUCCAUCUCGACUUAUCUCGCCCUACCCCAAAGCCAAUCCUUCUUGCAACUGGAGGUAUUGGUGGUUUGGGCAACCCCCACUUCACAUCUAGGGCGCAUCCUCGGCCCAUGUUUGCUACCAAAGGUGAAGAGGCUGUUACCAUGAAGAUUGAGCUUGAGCUCAAGCUCCUUGCUGACGUCGGCCUCGUCGGCCUUCCUAAUGCUGGAAAAAGUACCCUCCUUCGUGCCAUCACAAACAGCCGUACUAGAGUGGGCAAUUGGGCCUUUACAACGCUGCAGCCCAAUAUCGGCACGGUUGUUCUUGAUAAGUAUUCUGGUCGGCCAGUAAUCAAGAGUUAUCGCCGCUAUCCUGCUCAACUGGGUCUGCCCGAAGCAGUCGACACUGAACCACGCACUCGAUUCACGAUUGCUGACAUUCCUGGUUUGAUUGAAGGUGCACAUCUUGACCGUGGCCUAGGCAUUGCUUUCCUACGCCAUGUCGAACGCGCUGGUGUACUCGCUUUCGUCAUUGAUCUGUCUGCUGGUAAUGCAGUCAAGGCUUUGGAGUCACUAUGGCGCGAGGUUGGAUUAUACGCACAAAUGCGUGAUGAAGAAGAGGCUGAUCGCGCAAUCGAGUCACGCAUUGACUGGGAUGUCACGUCGGAUAUGGACGGUCCUAUGAAUCUGCCCCCAGGUAUCGCGAACGAUGAAGAAGAUUUCAGUUCAAAGCCAGGACUACAGAUUGCUGGAAAGCCAUGGUUUGUCGUUGCAACCAAGGCUGACUUGCCAGAGACACAAGAAAACUUCAAGGAAUUAAAACAAUACCUUGAUAGUGUCACAAAAGGCGAAAAGUCGCAUCCAAGCGGAGUAGCGGAUGCUUGGACAAAAGACUGUGCUGUUAUCCCAGUGAGCGCAAUCAAUGGCCAGGGUGUAGAUAGAAUUGUACACUGGACUGUGGGAUUACUAGACGAGUAGACGAAAUUUGG